UCCCAGUUCCGCAGAUUGGCCAAGCUGACAAGCGCUGCCAAGACCAGGCCGCGCAAACUGCUGGAAGACGUGCCACUGCCUGCACUUUCGUUGCUGCAACCAUCCCUGUCAUCUCUUGUCCACGUUGACUGUCGUCUUCUUCUCUGCUGCCGUUCUGCGACCACAGCAGCAUUGACAACAACAGCUAAGUGGCGGAUUCUGGCUGGGACUUGGGCUUGGGAGUCAGGGAAGGCGCCAGGCGCGGACAGAACCCGGGAGCCCGCCAUCUCUCUCUAGCCAUCACUACUGCAAUCACCCCUCCCUAAAGGAGGAGGACGAACUAGUGAGAGGCACUCUCUGUCUCAGUUCUCAGUCAGCUCGUUUCUGACAAAAUCUGAAGAAGAGAGGACGGACAUAGUCUCUCCGGUCGCGAAAAAUAUCUCCCGUUGGGUAGUGGCGACUAUUUGUCAGCUUGUUAAGCGAAGGGCAGCUUUGCUUCGGCCACCGAAGCCUUGAGCCAUGUCUCCUCCGACCGUGCCUCCUACUGGGGUGGAUGGUGUGUCCGCGUACCUGAUGAAGAAGAGGCACACUCACAAGAAGCAGCGGCGAAAGCCCACUUUCCUCACUCAUCGGAACAUCGUGGGCUGCCGCAUUCAACACGGCUGGAAAGAAGGCAACGAACCAGUGGAGCAAUGGAAGGGUACCGUGCUCGAGCAGGUUUCCGUGAAGCCCACGCUGUAUAUAAUUAAAUAUGACGGCAAAGACAGUGUGUACGGACUAGAACUGCACAGAGAUAAGAGAGUUUUGGCGCUGGAAGUUCUUCCUGAGAGAGUUCCUUCUCCUCGCGUUGAUUCUCGCCUGGCAGAUUCCCUGGUUGGGAAAGCAGUUGGACAUGUGUUCGAAGGUGAGCAUGGCAAGAAAGAUGAGUGGAAGGGUAUGGUGUUGGCACGAGCUCCCAUAAUGGAUACCUGGUUUUACAUCACCUACGAGAAAGAUCCGGUCCUCUAUAUGUACACCUUGCUGGAUGACUACAAAGACGGUGACCUGCGUAUCAUUCCAGAUUCCAACUACUACUUCCCUACAGCAGAACAGGAGCCUGGGGAGGUGCUCGACAGCCUCGUGGGCAAGCAGGUGGAACACGCCAAAGACGACGGAUCGAAGAGAACCGGCAUUUUCAUCCAUCAGGUGGUGGCCAAGCCAUCUGUCUACUUCAUUAAGUUUGAUGAUGAUAUUCACAUUUAUGUCUAUGGUUUGGUGAAAACCCCGUAAGUUUAUAGUGCUUUUUGAAAAAUUGGUGGCACUAUUAGAAGUAAAAUAGUUUAUGUUCUCAAAGUGGAUAAAUCUUAUUGUGCCUCCAUAUCUUAUAUUGACUGUUUUUCAGUUUUAACUCACGUGUAUGUUAGUACUUUUGUGAUUUAUUUGUUUUGUGAUUGAAAAUUUGAAUUGGUUGCUAAGAGAAAAGUUACAAAGUGUUUAGAUCCACUGAGACAAUUCUAAAGUAGAUAAACUGUGCAGCAUGUCUUGUGCUCCCUUCUUGUGCUCUUUUGAUUCCUCCAGAUAAUUAGCUUGAGAACUUGGCAUUUAUCUUAGGAUGUGUUCCUCACUCUCAAACAGAAAGUUCGAUGUAGCUUUUGUAAAAUUCAGCAGCCGAUUACGUACUUUCUGAUCAAUAGCACAGUCAAUCUCUGUCUUUCACUCUCACAACUGUGUGCACAGUACAUACAGAUAUGCCAAAAAGUAUCAAUUCUGUUAUUGGUGGUCAUUUAUUUCCUUUUUUAAUCGUAUUGCUGUUUUGUUGUAUUAAGGUGCUCCUAUUUCUAUAGAAGUGUUAUGUAGGCAUAUAUAUAGUUUUAAGAAAUAUUUCAAGGUUGGCAUUCACUGGUCUUUAAUGUUUGAAAAGCGGACUGGUAAAAAGUUCUAUGGUUUUUCUGAUUAUUUUGCUUGGUGUUUACCUGACUCAAUGAGAUUUAUUUUUCUACUUGGGAUAUUUCUCUUUUGUGAUUUGCUAAUUCCUAUCCUUUGUUCUUUUAUCUAUUCAACUGAUUUUUUCAUAUAAAGUUGUAGGAAUGUCUAUAAUGA